AUGGAGUUCAGAUACAGAGCCGUGGACGGUGAUCGACCCUCUACUGCGACGGUCACGGCGUCAUCUCAACCGUCGAAUCCAACCUUUUCUUUCUUCUCGACACGACCAAUGCUAGGCUGCAACAUUACAGGAUCAAGUGAGGAGGAUCAUGUUAGGGAAACUAUUCAACGGGAAAUAGAGAAGGAGCAAAUCCGUCAAGAGAUCACUGUUGCAGAAACAUUAAGAAGAAGAGAGCUUAUAGCCGAGGUUAUGCAAGAGAUGGCCGUCGAGAGAGAAAUGGCGAUAAGAAGAGUCGCAGAGACGAUGGGAAGAAAUCAAAGGAACAACAACUUAUACAGACAGAAUUGCACUUACAGAGAUCAUGUGAUGUACACAUUCCCUAAUUACAGUCUACUUACAUCUCCCAUGAUGCAAAUGCCUGAGACAACACCAGUGUUGGAGUCUAACAAGGAUAAACUGAUUGUACUGAAUAGGGCUGAUCCUGUUGGAGCAAAGCGUAAAGCAGAGGAUACUCAAAAUGGUAUUGAAAGAGCAAAGCGUAGUGUUGGUCUUGAUAGAGAGUCUCAUUUCCUUGGUGUAGAGAAGAAAAUCAUGGAAACAGUCUCUUCGAAUCUUCCUUGCUUAGGGGAACUUGGUAGUGGAAAGCAGCAGCAAGUAGAAAGCAAGUCAAAAACUAAGUUUAGGUUUUGGUGUGACGUUUGUAGCGUUGGGGCCUUUACUCAAACAGUCAUGAGGGAUCAUGAGUUAGGGAAAAAACAUAUUGCUGCUAUUAAACAACAGAAUAAGCCACAUGAGACUGCUUCUGCUUCAAUCUCCUUCAUCACAGCUCCUGCUUCCGCUACAGCGCCGCCACAAACCAAAGCCAUUACAGAACACCAAACUGCUGAUGUGCAGGAUCGAGAAGUGGCGGCGAAAGAAACAGGAAAGAAGACAGAAGGCGGCAUUUAUGGUUGUUUCAAAGAGAAAGUAGGUUUUGAGGCAAGGGGAUCAUUAACCUUUGUAUAUUUUCUACAAUUUUAA